GCGGCGCGCGCAGCCCCGCCCGACGUCACAGGAAGUGGGGCCCACGCGGCGCGUCAGGAGCGGAAGUGAGCGUUGCCGGGGCGCGGCCGUGGGGGAGCGUGUCCCGCCGAGCACUUGGAUUCAGCUCCUUCGUUUCCAACAUGGAAGAAACUUACAUUGAUUCUCUGGACCCUGAAAAGCUAUUACAAUGCCCCUAUGAUAAAAACCACCAGAUCAGGGCCUGCAGGUUUCCUUAUCAUCUUAUCAAGUGCAGAAAGAAUCAUCCUGAUGUCGCAAACAAAUUGGCUACUUGUCCCUUCAAUGCUCGCCACCAGGUUCCUCGGGCCGAAAUCAGUCAUCAUAUCUCAAGCUGUGAUGAUAAAAGUUGUAUUGAGCAGGAUGUUGUCAACCAAACCAGGAACCUUGGACAAGAGACUCUGGCCGAGAGCACAUGGCAGUGCCCUCCUUGCGAUGAAGACUGGGAUAAAGAUCUGUGGGAACAGACCAGCACCCCAUUUGUCUGGGGCACAGCCAACUACUGUGGCAACAACAGCCCUGCAAGCAACGUAGUCAUGGAACAUAAGAGUAACCUGGCUUCAGGCAUGCGUGUUCCCAAGUCUCUGCCGUAUGUCCUGCCAUGGAAAAACAAUGGAAAUGCACAGUAACGGAAUAUCUAUCUCAUCAAAUGCCAGACCCUGGAAGAUUCUUGCUUCUUCCUGCUACCAGUGGGUUCUUCGGGGUGUUUUUCCUCCUAACCUAAUUAUAGAAAGAUAAACUGUCUGUGACUUUCAAACUGA